GCCGCCGCUACUGGGUUGCACAGCCAAGUGGAAAAUUUCCGGGAGUCAGCAGAAACAUUGUGUCCAAAAGAGACUAAGUCGCGGGGCCAACGAGAUUCUUCUCCCUGGAAAACCUCCCUUCGGUCCGCCACCCCGAGAAGACUCCAGGCUCCGGCUCGGAGCCGCCCCACCCCCACCGCCACCAUUGAGCCCAACAGCUGGAGCGGCAGCGAGAGUCCUGCCGAGAACCUCGAAAGGAUGAGCGACUCGGCCGACAAGCCCAUCGACAACGACGCCGAGGGCGUCUGGAGCCCUGACAUCGAGCAGAGCUUCCAGGAGGCGCUGGCCAUCUACCCGCCCUGCGGGAGGAGGAAAAUCAUCCUCUCCGACGAAGGCAAGAUGUAUGGUAGGAAUGAAUUGAUAGCCAGAUACAUCAAGCUUAGGACAGGGAAGACACGGACCCGGAAACAGGUGUCUAGUCACAUACAGGUCUUAGCCAGGAAGAAAGUUCGAGAAAUCCAAGCCGCCAUUAAGGUAUCUAGUCACAUUCAGGUUCUUGCCAGAAGGAAAUCUCGUGAUUUUCAUUCCAAGCUGAAGGUGACAAGCAUGGAUCAGACGGCGAAGGACAAAGCCCUCCAGCACAUGGCAGCCAUGUCGUCGGCUCAGAUCGUGUCGGCCACGGCGAUCCACAACAAGCUCGGCCUGCCCGGCGUCCCCCGCCCCACGUUUCCUGGAGCUCCGGGGUUCUGGCCGGGGAUGAUACAAACGGGGCAGCCUGGAUCCUCCCAAGACGUCAAACCCUUCGUACAGCAGGCCUAUCCCAUCCAGCCAACCGUCCCAGCCCCCAUCCCAGGGUUUGAGCCCGCGUCGGCCCCAGCACCCUCAGUCCCGGCGUGGCAGGGCCGCUCCAUUGGCACGACCAAACUCCGGCUGGUGGAGUUCUCCGCUUUCCUCGAACAACAGAGAGAUCCGGACUCGUACAAUAAACAUCUCUUCGUGCACAUUGGCCACGCCAACCACUCGUACAGUGACCCUUUGCUCGAGUCCGUUGACAUCCGCCAGAUUUACGACAAGUUUCCUGAAAAAAAAGGUGGCUUGAAGGAACUGUUCGGGAAGGGCCCUCAAAACGCUUUCUUCCUCGUCAAAUUCUGGGCGGACUUAAACUGCAACAUCCAAGAUGACGCAGGAGCGUUUUACGGCGUGACCAGUCAGUAUGAGAGCUCGGAAAACAUGACAAUCACCUGCUCCACCAAAGUCUGCUCGUUUGGGAAGCAAGUCGUAGAGAAAGUCGAGACGGAAUACGCGAGGUUUGAGAACGGUCGGUUCGUGUACAGAAUAAACCGCUCCCCGAUGUGCGAAUACAUGAUUAACUUCAUCCACAAGCUCAAACACUUACCAGAGAAAUACAUGAUGAACAGCGUAUUGGAAAACUUCACGAUCUUGUUGGUGGUAACAAACAGGGAUACCCAAGAAACGCUCCUGUGCAUGGCCUGUGUGUUUGAGGUGUCAAACAGCGAACACGGAGCACAGCACCACAUUUACAGGCUGGUCAAGGACUAGAGCAGCUGUUAUUUAUAGACACGCUCCGCCCUCCCGCCCCCCUCCCUUUAUUCUCCAGUACAGACUACAAACCUCAACACUCUGCGGCUGAUGGCUAAGCCUCGGCCCCACUUUCUUUCACCCACAGUUUUCUAAGCCCUGUUUGAGUGGAGUCGUUUUUCAUGUGUUCCGAUAGAAUCGUAGCUGUGACAUUCUGGUACAGUUGUGAAAACGAUAGAAUUCAUUCUAAAACGAAGGGUUCUUCAGUCGCCAGCUCGGAGCCUCUCUCCGUCUUCGCCUCCGGGGGCCUGUUCUAAUUGGGAUUUAAACACAAAAAAAAAAAAAAGGAAAGAAAGAAGAAAAGAUCGAGAGUUGGCCAUGGGAAAUUUCCAGCAUUUAUAAGAAUUGAUUUUGUUUCCCCGCCCCUCCCCAACAACUAAAAUACUCAUUUUCACGAGACAAAUGGAAUUAAAGUGAGUCGUUCGAUAUCAAUUUAAUGCGCUCACAAAGGUCAGAAUCUUUCGAGUUAUCUUUGUAACUAAUUAGGGUGAAAGUUAGGGACGAAUGUAAGUCAUCACUAAAUUAUUUUUAAAAUGCAGCAUUUUUUUUUUCCGGUGGAAACCAAAUGUUAAAAUCUAGCCUUAAGGAAUGUCUGCUAGAAAGAUCCUAACAAGGCCAAUUUGUGUUGUUCUUCAACAUUAAAACUAACCCUCUAAUCCAUUAAACUUUUGAACAGAUAUUGCCAAGAAAAAGAACUUCAUCCCUUAUACUUAACAUAUAUACUGUAUUUAAAAUAUAAAGUUGUAUUGUACUAAUAUGAAGAUUUGAUUAUUUAAUGAGAAAGAUGGCUCCUUUUGCAAUAAGUAGGUAAAUACUGAAAAUUUAAACUUUCAAUGUUUGUAGUCUUGUGUGUGCUGUUAUAUUUUAUAUGGACAGCUAAAUUUUCUAGUAAGCUGAGGGAAGAACCUGAAACACAGAACUGAUUAGUCACAAAACGAGAGGACAGACGGGCACGAAACCUGCCUUAGGAAGGUUCCGUUAACCGCCAAGCAGAGAAGGUGACGCGGUUGGGAGAUGUUUCCACUCUCAGUAAAAAGUAAAAGGCUUGUCAGCUUUCGUACCCUUGUUUUCCCAACAGCCGCGGGCUCCUCCUUCUGCCUCGGAUGCGGGGACGGGGAGAAUCCUACUGAGGCUCCCCGGUGUCCCCUAGCCCAUUCCCUCCUGCUCCUGGAGUUCCCAGAGUAGGGGGCAGCGGCUGGGGAAUAACCACAUAGGGGCUUGGUCAGUUCCCAGAAUAACAAUAAUAAUAAUA